AUGGAGUGGGCAGAUCCCUUUCUUCUUAACCCUACCAUUUUGUACCAGAUGCUGGCAUUUCCAUUUGCUGUUCUGUUUCACUAUCUCUGCAGCUUUGGGUAUCUCUCUCCAAGUGCCAGGUAUGUUGUUCUUCUGGUUGGAGGCUUCCUUAUAGCAUGUGCUGCCAUGGGAUUGUAUGCCUUGUUGCUCUUCAUCCCAGCCUUGUGCUCGGUGGCCAUAUUCCACUCAGUCAGCCCACUGCGGGUCCACACAUGGGUGUUUGUCUUCCAGAUGUCUUGGCAGACACUCUGCCACCUUGGGCUGCACUACAGAGAGCAUUAUCUGCAAGAAGCCCCAUGCAUCAGGCUAUCGAUUGCUCUUUCUUCUCUCAUGCUGCUGACCCAGAAGGUCACAUCACUGGCUCUGGACAUCCAUGAAGGGACAGUGACAGUGACCUUUGAGCACAGGAGGAGGAAGGAGCCCCUGCUGGGAGCAUUACCUUUCUGCAGCUACCUGCUAUUUUUCCCUGCCCUGCUAGGAGGCCCCCUGUGCUCUUUUAAGAGAUUUCAGGCCCAGAUCUUGUGCUCAAGUCUACCAUACUUCACGCAGUCCCUUUGGGUUGCUGGCCAGAAAAGUCUUUGGGCUCUGACUCUGCAGCUUCUGAGACUGGCUAUGAGAGGGCAUGAGGGCACACUGACCAGCCUGGCAUAUUGUACUCGCUUUGGCUGUGUGUAUGUUGUGUGGAUUUCAUCUCUGCUCUUCAGACUGGCCUAUUAUUCUCACUGGGCCCUCGAUGAGUCUCUCCUCAAUGCAGCAGGCUUUGGGCUGGCUCUUGGACAUGACCCUACCCAUGGAGACCUCUCAGGCACAGCUAUGUGGACCCUGGAGACCACACACAGGAUAGCCUUGUUCACCAGGACCUGGAACAGGAGUACUGCCCAGUGGCUGAGGAGACUCAUCUUCCAGCGCAGCCCAACCCAGCCUCUGCUGGCUACCUUCACCUUCUCAGCCUGGUGGCACGGCCUCUACCCAGGGCAGGUGUUCGGCUUCUUGUGCUGGGCAGUAAUGGUGGAAGCCGAUUACCGGAUUCACCCUUUUCUAAGCAACCUUACAAAAUCCUGGUGUACAAGGUUGCUGUAUAAAGCCCUGACCUGGGUCCUGACUCAGCUCAUUAUUGCAUACAUCAUGGUUGCUGUGGAAAUGAGGAGUUUCUCUGCACUUUGGCUACUGUGCACCUCCUACAUCAGCUUCUUCCCUCUCCUGUAUUGCAUUUCACUGCUGCUGCUAGCAAAGAGAGCAACACAGAAGUGA